AUGAAUGUUCUAAAAGAGAAUGUUAAAAAACUGAAACCAAUAGAGCGGUACUGUUCUCUAAUAUUUGAUGAAAUCACGUUGAGUAGCGGACUUCAUCAAAAUGCGUCAACCGAUGAAAUAGAUGGUUUUGUAAAUUCUGGUCAUUAUAAAAGCCAAGAACUAGCAGAUCAUGCUUUAGUUUUUAUGAUUAGAGGUAUAAAAAAGAAAUUUAAACAGCCGGUGUCGUUUUCAUUUUGCCAGGGUGCUACUAAACAGCACGAGUUAGUGAGGCAGCUUAAAGAAGUUAUACAGAAAGUACACGAGACGGGUCUUAGGAUAGUAUCAACCAUAUGUGACCAAGGCAAAAGCAACGAAGGCGCAAUCAAAUUGUUGAAUGAAGAGACCCGGACAUAUUAUCUUCGAAACCAAACCGACAAAGUAUAUAGGGAAGAGUUUUAUGAGGUGCCAUUGGAAAAUGGAGAUAGAUUGAAAAUUAUUCACUUAUUUGAUGUUCUGCACCUCAUAAAAUGUACUAGGAACAACCUAAUUACCAAAAAACUUCAUUUCAAAAUGAACAGUACAAAACGUGUUGCCAAGUGGGAACAUUUACAACAGCUGUAUAGUGUUGAUAGUUCUAUACCAGAUGCCAAAAUGUUGCCCAGUUUAAAAGUAUUCAGUUCUAUAUGCUUUUAUACACCAAAUGGCAAACGUGUAAAUGUCCCUACAAUUAAAAAUUGGAUAACAACAAUAAAAGGGUUUCAAACAUUAUCAAAACUAUUCACAGAAAUCGGUAUUAAAUCAAUACUUCUGAGGCAUUUGAACCAAGACCCAAUCGAAAAUUUUUUUGGUGGUGUGCGGAGUCUUGGCUGUGAAAAUCCUUCUUGCAACUCAUUUAUAUAA